UCGGAUGAGGACAAAUUCCAACUAUUGUCGAAUUGUGCUGAAUAUAAGCGGGCUAUGCACUUGCUGGAAUCUGAAGGCAAGCUUCAUGCAAUGACUGAUCAGGAGGCACAAUCCUUUAUGUUAUCUUCGAUCAACGCUGCUUUCGAGUCUUCUGCAUUCUCUGCAUUGUGUAAGAAUGCGGUGCGGUUCCCAAGCGAUGAAAAUGUGUGGUCAUUAGUUGCAUUUGAGGAACAGAUUCGCAACUCGGAUACUGUGAUGCUUCUGGCAACCUCGUCUGCGUGUAUGAAUAGGCUAUGGCAAUUAUUAAUGGGACUGAAGUCUCGUAACUCAUCUGGACGACUAGCAAAUCAUAUAGAUCUGCUUAAAAUGGGUGAGUGUAGUGAAUUAUUUUUCUUAAAUUCUGGCAAAGAUCAGUUCAUGCUUUUUGUUUAG